CUUCGGUCGCCUUCAACUACGCUAUUCGAUCGUAGUUCAUAGUUAAUGGAGUAUCUCUCUCCUGCUGUUGUGGGUUCUAUAGCUGCUCUCGUUGUUAUCAUUCUUGUCGCCGCAACGAUGGGCCUUUUUGGCGGAAAUCAGAUGCCAGUCGAUGGCAAGACUGCUCUCAUCACCGGCGCUUCCGAGGGCAUGGGCCUUUCUGUUGCUACCCAGUUAGCCGCGAAGGGUGCCAAUGUCAUCAUUGUUUCUCGCAGCGUGGCCAAGCUCGAAGUCGCCUUGAAGACCGUUCAGGCUGCUGCCAAGAAUCCAGAAAAACAAAAGUUUCAUUACAUCGCCGCCGAUGUGUCGAAGCCAUCAUAUGCCACGCCUGUCCUUGAAGAAGCCACGACCUGGAAUGAUGGCAAGGCGGUUGACGUUGUCUGGUGUAUCGCGGGUACCUCUACCCCGGAGCUAUUCGUCGAUAUGUCAAUGGAGUCCCUUCGUCGACAAAUGGAUAUCAACUUCUAUGGAACAACCGAAAUGAGCCAAGCCAUCCUCAAGCAAUGGGCUGCGCCAGACGCGCCAGUGGACAAAGAGCCAAAACAUCUCAUCAUGACUACCAGUGUUGUGGCAUUCUACACUAUUCCCGGAUAUGCCCCCUAUGCACCUUCUAAAUGGGCUAUUCGGGGUCUUGCCGAUACUCUGUCUCAAGAAGUGAUGCUAUACCCUCAGAACAUUAAGGUGCACGUGGUCUUCCCCGGCACAAUUCUCUCACCUGGUUUCCAAAACGAAAAUCUCACAAAACCCGAGAUAACCAAGAUUCUAGAGGCUGAUGACCCGAAGCAAACUCCUGACGAAGUUGCUCGCACCUCUAUUCGUGGCUUGGAGAACGGUGACUACUACGUUACGGUGAACUGGCUGGGUAACUUGAUGCGUUUGGGCAGUUUAGGUGGCGCAUUUCGCAACAACUGGUUGGUCGAUAUCCUCGGUGCUUGGCUUGUCGCUAUUGUCUGGAUCUUCAUCCAACCCGAUUUACAUGGAAAGAUCCGCAAGUUUGGCAAGAAGAAUGGUCAUCCUAGCACUUACAAAGCACGGGCUGAGUAAAUGAGGAGUUGUUACAAAAGGCCGUAAUAGUGAGAAGUGUAUCAUAAUGUAUGUAAAUGCUAAAGUAAUCAUGGAAACCUCAACUGUGCAUAAAGUAAAUAAUGUACAAGCGUAUUUGAAGUCUAUACACCGCUCCAUUUUCCAAACUUUUGGUAUCGUUUGAACAUUUCUCUCAAAAUGGCUCUUCCGCUUGCAUCCAUGCCAUCAUUAAGGAUCUUUCGUCCUUCAGGUGGCGUAACGUCAAAAAUUGCGUUGAAGGCCGGUUCUAGGGUUUCCGAAACUGAUCGCGGAACGUUGACUUCAAGUUGAAGUUUGACAUAUUGUGUUAAUACCAAGUACAUAUGACGACCAGCAGUUCGUUUGGCAGCAUCAGUCGCCGAAUCAAGGCUGCCCUGAUGCUGAGAACGCGAUACGGCACCGGCAGUCGGUUCGCAAAUCAGAGUGACCAAUCGGGCAAAUGCUUGUGCCUGAGAAUCUCGGGAAGUCUGCUCGAGAGAGCCAGAGCCCGGCGGCUGGGUGAUAAGUGCCCGUAGUAGCGUUUGAAUGGUGGCAAGAAGCAAAUGAUAGUGGCCUUCCAAACGAAGUCGGUGCUUCUUGAUAAUCACCUCAACCAAUUUGCACAGCCAGAUGUAUGGAACCAUAACCUCUCGCUGAACAUUGGUGGAGACCAGAUCACAUAUCGUGCUCAAGGUUAUUUCGAUAUUCCACUGGCUGAUGGUUUGAGGUCUUCUCUCCAACAAGGUGUACAAGCUGCGACAAAUGUCUACACCUUGCGCUGCAGGUGAAGAGGCAAGGCUAGAUAUGAGCUCGCUAUAUGCUGCUGAUAGAUCGAAGCCGUCUUGUUUUUCAAAUGUUUCUGACAUAUCUAAGAUCCCUGUUAGCAUUCGCACCACUCAUUCGAUCAAAUUAAAUAACGAACCCAUUAUCUGUCUAAUGAUGAGAAAAAUUGCCUUUGCCUGACCAUCUGCAUCACAACCAGUGGUAUGUUCAGCAAUUACAUCGCGAAGAAAUUGUACUUUGUCGCCUAUGGCCAUAGGAGCCACAAUAGUGUUAACAUAUUCGACGAGGAAGGUCUGACGCAGUCGUUGAGGUAAUGCUGAUACACCGGCGAACUUGACGGGCCUGGUGUUCUUGAUGGACGAAGGGAGGUGCUUGCGCAAGAAAAGUUGAAUUUGCCAGCUUUUUACGUGCCCUUGCUGCAUCUCAUCAAAAGUCCGCUUUUCUAGCUUCUUACUGGAAGCUAACUUGCCCUCAAGCGUUUCGGACAAAUCGCUCAAAACACUUGCAGCAUCUAUCAUAGCAAACAGUUGCAGCUGCUGUUGAGGCUCUUGGCUGUUUAGAAGCUUCUUGUCUUCCACGUAUUUCUUAAUAGUAUGCAUUGCUAUAGCUGCAAUUUGGUUUCUUGAAGCUUGAAGCAAGGCACCUGUUGCAGCAUUUCCAUCGCCUCGCGAAGAAUCAGCUAGCUCAGUAGCGAUAGCCUUGUGUAGAAUGAUGUCGAAUGCAUGUAUAUCAUUGGCGUCGCCACCCUUUACAAAAGCCAUCGCACUAGUAAAGUAUACAGAACUUCGUUCAUCAUCUAUUUCGGCCAUUUGCUUGACAUGCGCACAAGCUAGUGAAGAGAAUCUUGAGAUCAUCUCCAGGUUUUCCUCUUCUGUCUUGCACUCCUCGUUCGACCAUGCAAACAGAGUAGAUGAGAAUGAUUGAAGAGUUUCAAACGUCAUUCUUUUGUGAAAUGUAGAACGUGACAGCACUUUAACUGCCAAUGACAGUAUUGUUCUCCAGUUCUGAAUAGAUAGUUUGCGAGGUUUCGAAAUCUUUGACGUUUGCUUAUCAAUGAUCUCCAUAAUAUGCUCGCGUUGCCAACGGUUGAAGCUAUCAGAGGGAAUGCGCGACAAGACAUUCAUGCAAGCCAUAGCUGCAGGAGUUGGCCAUCCCUUUUCGCUAGCGCUUUGUUUCUGAGCUUCGAUGAGUUUGUCAAUUAUAAUUCUUGACGCUUUGGCAUCAUUGAGGUUAAUAUCGUUGCUCAGUAAACCGUCCCAUACUUUGGUAGAGGUACUUGGUAAAGCUAAGAGCGUCUGCACCGGCUCUGGCAAUUUGUCGUUCUUGGCGACAGAAAGGUGUAGAAAGCGACUGCAACCGCAAAGAUACCACUGAAUAUACGAAGGAGCAGAGGUAUCUGGUGUGAAUGGACUGUCAAAGUCAGCUGAUGUGGCCAUCUGCAAGUCCAUGUCCUGCAGGCACUCUGAUGAAGUAACGUGUUUGGCAAGGAUCGUAGAGAAUUCAGCAAUAAUAUCUGCCGGUUCAGCGACCAGUUCAUGAUCAGGCAUCAUCGAGUCCCACGCCUUGUAGCAAUACUUGAAGGCUUCUAGAGCAUCUGCACUGUUGGCGUGCUUCUUUCUCAAGAGCUUAGAAACAGCAUCCUUUGUCUGAGUCCAGAUUCCGGUUUUAUCUUCCGAGUUUGACCAGGCCAUUGUCCGGCGAAUAACACGCCAUUUCAAUGGUGUAUUUUCUGCUUUUCGGCAUUGAUCCCAAAUGAUCUGGAACAGCUUAGUUCCGAUACCAUCAAUAAAGGUCGUGCCGGUCAACCCUUCAGUCAUCGCGUUGAAUAUGAUGCAAAUUGACUGCGGAUAAGAUGAUUGGUCCUGUUUCUGAACCCACUCAAUAAAUUCAACAGUCUGGUGGGGAGACAUGAGUGUCUCUACAAGGGAGAGGCGCAAACCAGACGUCGAAUCUUGGAGAUUUGCCGUGAGCCAGGGAGAGUCGGCCAAAGAUUUCUUUUCCGAUUUACACAGCUGAGUGUACCAAAGUUCGAGGUAUCCGAUAACAUCUCUUCGAAGAACAAAUGAUUUCUUCACUGAUUCGACGAUACGGGCAAGUGGAGUAGACCACUGUGCAAGCUCCUCUGGUGAGGUUGUAACAACUCUCUCGCAGAACGAUUCCAGCAGGUCACUUCCGUCUCCGAUAGAUUGGAAUAUAGUUGGAUCGCAUGUCGAAAUAUUCGCUAGAACAGCCCAAUCCGUAGUCUUGCCAGCAAAGGCAUAAGAAUGGCAAGCCCGUCGUAGGUCCUUAACGUCGAUCGAAGCGGAGUGCUGAACGGCCUGUUCCAGGAUGACGCUCAGAAGCUCGUUUUUGUCGGCACAUUUUCCAACGUAUUCCUCUAUUGUACGGAAUAGCUCCUUCUGCCAUUCAACAGCAUGUCUGCGUCUCUCCUUUCCUUGAAGCUGUUCUGGGGAGCCCAGAGCGAGCUGACAGAGAGCCGGAGCUGUACGGUUGAUUUGUGAUUCGGACAUAUCAAGCGCUUUGGAGAGUAUUUCAAAACUUUGGCUAUUCAGGUAGGCCUCUUUCGCUGGUAGAAUCAAGUUUCGCUGCAAAAAGAGUUGGAUGGCGGCUUCCCAUUGAAGCUUGACUGUUGGGGGCAACGACAACGGUUGGGUACCAUUCAAUCCUGAAAUCUCUGCAAAUAGAGUUGCAUAGCUUGAAAAGAGAUGCAGUGCAAUGUCCAUUGGGUCCGUACUAGCUUGUAAAUGCAGGGCCCAGAUUGCGGAUAUUGUCGACGGCCAACUCUCGCAUCCAAUGGUAUCAAAGGCCUCGCUUGCUAGCAACGACUUGCAGAGUGCCAAUGCUGGCGCCAUCAACAGAACAGAAUCCGCAGCUGAAUUACAGAAAAGUGACUUUAUAUGUUCGGCUCCGAUCUUAUCUCGACCCAAAACGAUGGUCGGGUCGUCGAGGCGGUCGAGCAGCGCUUUGAUAGCUUUGAAGACAUUCGCUGCAGUCUCCAAGCAAUAAUCAGGCUGUUUUAACGUAUCUAACGAAAAUAGAGCUGUCUCAGAUCGCUUUCGUUUCUUGGUUGAGUCAGUAGUUGUCGGGGAGGUCUGGGAAAUAUCGUUGAGUGUUUGUUGUAAAGUCGAUAGGUAUUUCCUAUCCGCCAAAGACUUGGCCAGAGAGAAGAGCGGUAUUCUUUGAAAGACGCAUUCUAAAAUAGCCCAUGUCAGUGGGAACCGUCGUAUAGUCUCUGCAUCGGCCGAUUUUCCGUUCAUAGAUUUCAGGAGCCAUCGCAAACUACUCUCUUCUGCAGCAUGAAAUGAACGCUCCGAUGCGGAUGUAAGAGUGGUCCAGAGUGCAAUUAUAUUCUCGCCAUUCUUGCCAGGGCCUGUUUGAUCAAGCCCUCGGACCAG